AUGCUUCAUCUCGCUGCAGAGCCCAACAUCAUCGCUCUGUCGUCCGCUUGCGAACAUGGCGCAAAUCGGACAGAGUGGGCCUUUUUCGCGUUUUUCUCUCCAACUCCUCCAAGGACUGGCCUCGGUCGUGCAGACGGGGACCUCAUUAGCCUCAUCUUCGACCAUCCAGGCCACGAAGAACAUCCCAGAAGGAUCUGCACCGGAUCUACGCAUACAUCCUAUCUCUUGAGGACGACGACCUAGCACAACAACGACCAGGGUAUACCACGAUACCAUCAUGACCUACACCACAGAUCGCCAACCUUCGCCAUGCCUCAAGACCUCCAAGGAGGCUUCGACACACUUCCACCACGGUGACGACCCAGAACGCGCAUCCCUUCUCGAUCCCACCUCCCCCGCCCGUCCCUCGCGCAGACCGUUUCGCGCACGCGCACCCCUCCUUGCCAUCUUACUGCUCAUCCCGCUCGCACUAUGGGGCGCUCGACACCUUCCACAUCUCCCCCGCUCUUCUCGACCGCCCGUGCAGCUCGCCGACAUGGCAAAGAACGCAUCGUUGCAAGACGAGUGGGAGGCCAUCCAGAACGAAACGGCGUCUCUGGGCAUCGCGCGCGGUGUACAGCGCAGCUGGUCGAACUACAGCCCGUACUACCCCGCAGGGAGCUACGAGAGUCCGCCGGAGGGGUGUGUGGUUGAUCAGGUACACUUGCUGCAACGGCAUGGUGCGCGUUUCCCGACUUCGGGCUCGGAGGGACGGAUCCUGCAGGCGCUGGGGAAGCUCAAAGCCGCUGCCCCGUACGAGGACCCCGCGUUCGCGUUUUUGGAGAGGUUUAGGUGGAUGCUUGGGCAGGCGGAUUUGAUUCCCCUGGGUGCUGCGCAGUCGUUCGAUGCAGGGGGCGUUCAUUACUCCCGCUACGCGCAUCUUGUCGGUCCAGAGUAUAACGCGGAUCAGAUGCCCUUUGUCAGAGCAUCAGACGCGUCGAGGGUGGUCGACAGUGCACAUAACUGGUCGGCGGGGUUCGCUGCCGCGAGUGGGAAUAGGUGGCAUCCUCUGCUAUCGGUCAUCAUCGAUGAGAAUGUGGGCGCGAACAACACACUGGACGACAACUGGUGUCCUGCGCACAACGCCGACCGCGGGCCGGAAACAGCGUUUCUCAUCCGCGGGCUCUCCGCCGCGCUCGAGCGCAUUCAUAGGAUCGCGCCUAAAGCGACGACGUUCGACACGGACGACGUGCGCGAGCUUCUCGGCGCGUGCGCGUUUGACACCCUCGCUCGUUGGGUGCCCGAUCCCUCGUCCUCCCCAUCAGCCCCAGAAGACGGAUACAGUUCGUCGGGCGGCCACGGCUCGCCCUCCCCCCUCUGCGCGCUGUUCUCCCCCUCCUUUGAAAGCGACGACGAGUCGAACGAGUGGGCCUCGUACGCGCGCGCGGCGGACAUCGAGAAGUGGUUCGACGUCGGCCCGGGGAACAAGCUUGGUCCAGUUCAGGGGGUCGGGUAUAUCGCGGAGCUGCUCGCACGGUUGACCGACAAGCCUGUCGAGGACGGGACGAGCACGGAUGCGGGGCUGUAUUUUCCGCUUGGAAGGAGGAUGUAUGUGGAUUUCAGCCAUGAGGGGGCGAUGAACGCUGUUUAUGCUGCUAUGGGGCUGUUUUAUGAUGCGGAGGAGGGUGUCGCUGUGAGUGGUCUGAAAGACGGGGGAAUAUGGGCGGGUGAGGGCGAGGGCGAGGGCGAGGAAGAUGGGGGUGCCGAGGUGGCGAAGAAGAAGCACAAGCACAAGAAUAAGGAGGCGGAGAAGAAGGACAGGAAGCGCGCGUCGAAGGUGCCCGAGACGUGGCGCGCGAGGGAUAUGGUGCCGUUCUCGGGGCGGAUGGUUGUUGAGCGGUUGAAGUGCGAUGCGUCCUACGCCCCUUCGUCGCCCUCAAAUGACGACAUGGGCGAUCUUGACUUUGAAGACGAGCUCGACUCCAACUCAGACCUCGAUGCUGUGAAGAAGAAAAAGGACAAGUACCCGGAUACGUACGUGCGUGUGCUCGUGGACGAUGCGUUGCAGCCGCUGGCGUUCUGCGGUGCUGGGGAGGACGGCGUGUGCUCGUUGAAGAAGUUUGUCAAGAGCCAGAAGUUUGCGAGGAAGACGGGGCAGAAGCGGUGGGAGAAGUGUUUUGCGUGUAAGUCUGGGAUUAAGAAGAGGAAGAACAAGUGUUAGGUAUUUUGAGCAUUACGGCGCAUUGGGCAUGUGUGCCAUAUAGGCACAGUAAUCGGCUAUCAGGACGGUUAAGGUAUAUCGAGUAUACGUAUAACCAUUAUAAUAGGGAGCCAGGUUGGCGCGUAUCUUGCAAUUGAAGCAUACCUGCGGUAGUUU